UGCCGACUAAGCUAGGUACGUACGGAUCGAGCUCGCAGCCUCGCAGAGCGCUCUAAGCUUGUGAGCUUUGCUGAAGGAUAUUAUCUGAUGUGGUCGAGUACAUCAAAAGGAAAGUAGGACCUCAAGGCUCGAUUCUCGCUGGCUGUGAUCCAGUGUUUCGGAGGUGCAGGUGGAAUCGCGGGCUGGGAUCCGGUGUGACGCACAGAAGCGUGGUUACGACGGUCCGGUAGACCGGCAGUGUCCGAUCCUGAAUCCGGGGUUUCCUUCUUCAGACGGCUGGUGAAGCCGGCGAGUGUUUGCUGGCGGAGGCGCGUGAAAGACACCUGCAGUCAGUAGAGGCGGCGCGUGUAGGCACAAGUGAUCAAGUAACACGAACUAUCUAGUGCAAGACUAGGAGCAAGCAAUUUAAUGGAGGCCCUCAAGAAGAUGAAGAGGGUUGGAGCUGGUUUGCUAAGAGCAUUGAAAAGCGACACAUAUCCUUACCAACCUGAGCUUUCACGUCAUGCCGUAGUCGUUGCACUGCUUAGUUGCGUCUUUUUUAUCUGCUUCGACAUCAGGCAUACUCUUACCGAUGACAACAGCAUUGUAAUGUGGUCUGUGCACAUUUGUUUGUUUGGAUCCUUCUUCAUCUUUUUACAGCCUUGGGUUCAAUUCUUUUCCCAGCCAUUGAUAGGGAAACCGAGCUAUUCAAAUUUCAAUAAGUGGUACGUAUCCUGGCUUUUAGUAGCAGCUGUCGAUCAGUCGAUGGGAGUGUAUAUGAGAAUGAAUUUGUCUCUAUUUUUGACAACUUUUGCCUCUUCAAUUCUCUGUCUUCUUCUCUUCCACACUAUUUUUGAUGGCCUUCGCUACUUUUUUUCACGUGAGGCUCGAAAGUGGCCAGAUUUGUGGACCAUUCUCCAACUCUCUGUUGUUGUCGGUAUAGCCUGUUGUGUAUUUCUGAGUCAGUGUAGAGAGACACCGCUUGAGCCAAGAAAUUUGAAAGACCAAGUCUGCUCAUCUUGGCUUGGUCCGGUUGAGCCUGCGAGUACCUAUUAUUAUCCACUUUUUUACAUGUGGGAUAAUUACGGGCGAACAUUGGUUAUAUAUGAGUUAUUUAGCAGUGGGUCGGCUACGGGUUCAUCGGAAGGAAUCUAUCUCGUUUACUCGUCAUGGACGACACUUGUAGGACUUUACAUUGCCAAUUAUAUAGCGGAGAGGUCAUUUGAGUCAGGCGGCGAAGAAUACGAGAAGAAGGAAAAGCAUAAGAAGCCUGAUUUCUUAGAUAUGGUUCCCUGGUAUUCAGGAACAUCAGUUGAUCUGUAUAAGACUGUUUUCGACCUCCAGGUAUCAGUAAAUAUCUUCCUAGGUCGCUUUGACAUGCGUAUAUUGCAGGCAGCAAUGAAUCAGUUUCAAGAUGGAGCCCAACAAGGAGAUUUUUUAUACGAACAAUUUAGUAAAGAGGAAGAACUAUGGUUUGAUUUCAUUGCUGAUACUGGUGAUGGUGGGAACUCAACCUAUACUGUCGCACGCCUACUUGCUCAGCCUUCCAUUCGUUGCACUAAUUCAGAGCUUCGCUUACCACGUGGAAAGUUACUGCUCAUUGGAGGGGAUCUUGCGUAUCCUAAUCCGUCGGAGUUCACAUAUGAGAGGCGCCUCUUUCGUCCUUUCGAGGAUGCCCUUCAGCCACCCAUUGACAAGGAUGCGGCGGCCGUGCCUGGUGAUGGACCUCAGUGUUUUAUUAUUCCCGGAAACCAUGAUUGGAUUGAUGGGCUUCGUACCUUUAUGGGGAAUAUAUGCCAUAAGAGGUGGCUGGGGGGGUGGUUUAUGCCUCAGAAGAAGAGUUAUUUUGCUUUGCAGCUUCCUAAAGGAUGGUGGGUAUUUGGUCUUGAUCUUGCACUGGAUGCCGAUAUCGACAGGGAUCAAUUCCAUUUCUUUUCAAAACUAGCCAGGGACACGGUUGGAGGGAAAGAGAGUGUGAUCAUCAUGACACACCAACCGGAUUGGCUUGUUGAGUGGUACGAAAAUGGUGGUUCGAGGAAUAAUAAUUUGGUGUCAGAGCUGAUAUGUGGUAUUUUGAAAGGAAGGUGUAGGCUUCGAAUUGCUGGGGACAUACAUCACUAUAUGCGCCACAGCUCGGACCAGCUUCCAGAUUCCCAGUCGGUUUAUGCGCAACAUCUAAUUGUAAAUGGUUGUGGUGGAGCAUUUGCGCAUCCCACCCAUGUCUUUCGUGAUUUUACUCAAUUUCAUGGAGUCUCCUACAAGCGUGAAUCCGCUUAUCCUUCUUUCGAGAUAUCAAGAAAGCUUGCCCUACGAAAUAUUUCCAAUUUCCGAAGGGAGAAUUGGCAAUUUGAUAUUAUUGGUGGCAUCAUAUAUUUUAUAUUAGUCUUUUCUAUGUUCCCACAGUGUAAGCUUGAUGACAUCUUUCAAGUCGAUUCACUUUCGGGUUUCUUGUGGAGUUUCUGUGGCACACUCUGGAAUGCUGUCAUAUACAUGCUGGAGCGCUCUUAUGUGUCUCUAGGAGGUGCUAUACUACUGCAGAUUAUAGCAAUUGCAUUUGUUCCCUCCAAAGUAUCAUGGAGGACACGUGUAAUCACCGGAAUUCUCCAUUUUUGUGCGCACCUGGCCGUAGCUCUAGUUCUUAUGCUGGCUUUGGAACUGGGUGUUGAGGCGUUUGUCCGGCAUAGACUACUAGCAACUUCAGGCUAUCACUCUUUAUAUUGGUGGUACCAAUCGGUAUUUCCUCAGCACUUUCCAGUUCCAUCUCGCAUUCUAUCUCCUAUAAAAAAAUGGACAUUUGGCCUUUAUCCGGCAGGUAUCAAGUAUCUCAUGUCUGCAUUUGAUGUGCCAGAGCUCAUGGCUGUGGCGCGAAGCAAUAUUUGCGCGAAUGGGAUGGAAUCCAUGUCUCGAUGGGGUGCCAUACUUUAUUACGCUUCUGUCUUCCUUUAUUUCUGGGUCUUGUCAACCCCCGCAGUUUCCUUUGUGUUUGGGAGCUACUUGUACGUCUGCAUCAACUGGUUUAACUUGCACUACGAUGAGGCCUUCUCCUCUCUUAGGAUUGCCGAUUACAAGGCAUUAACGCGAUUCCAUAUCAAACCCAAUGGUGAUCUUCAAGUUUUCACCCUAGCCGUUGAUAAGGUCCCGAAGCAAUGGAAGGUGGAUACCAAAUGGCAAAAGGAGCAAAAAGAUAAACCUGAGGUAUUGAGUCACCGUAGAGAGGCCCCCAGCAAAUGGACUGCAGCUGCUGCACAGCAGGACCCACUCCAUACUGUUAGGAUUAUUGACCAAUUUGUUGUAAAACGUAAUAGGAAAAUGAAAUCUGAUUAACCUGUAUGUAUUAACAAACAGAAAUAUGAUUUUCGAACAAGUAUUAGCUCAUUCAUUCGCUGAUC